CUCUUCCUGCCUCAAUACAGAGUAGAAGAAGAAUGCCUGCUCUCUGCACAUAAGUGUCCUCGGAGUCCUUGCACUACUGUCUCGGUUUUUUACCUCUGUGUCUUUCUGUCUGUCUGUGUUUGGUGAUUACAGACACUUCGAAUAAACCGCUAUCUCGGAUCAUCUUGUGUCUCAUCAUUGGGAUUUCAUAUUAAGAAAUCAUGUUUCGAAGAAGAAUACCCUUCUCACAGAUCGCCUUCGUCACACUGCUCGGAGUCGUUGGUGGUAUUUAUAUCUACAGACCUUAUUUUGAUACGGCACUGAAGACCUCAGCACAGCAGAAUGUGCCAAAGAAACCGAGUGAAACAGACAAUUCGUCAUAAUAAUUCAUCACUCCGAGGAAUACUUCACAGACAGAAGCCAGAAGACCUACAUCAGAGCUGUCAGAGCUGGAGGUAGAACCAAAGACAAGACCAGCAUGGAUACAUUCAUGCUUUUUUGGGGGUUUCGUCUCAUGGUUGCUCAUGUACAGAAAUAAAAUAUUUAAUAAUUUGACCUGUUGAAUUAUUAACUGUUUCAAAAUGAUGUGUCAAACCUCAUAUUUUGUCUUUAUGCCUUACACCUGCACUUAAUGCUGUUUGUAAAAUGUCAUUUAUCGAAUAAAUAGAUAAAUGUUGGCUUAAUUAA